AUGUCGAGAUCAGGACAGAAGGUCGCUCUCAUUGUAGGUGCUUCUCGGGGCAUAGGAAGACAAGUUGCUGUCGAUCUGGCGAAGAACGGGUACGCCGUCGUUGUUGCCGCGAAAAGUACAUCGGAUGCCUCGACUGUCACCCCUUUUCCUCCGGAUCCGAACUCCCCGCAGUCCACGAUCAGCACUGUCGCGCGCGAGAUUCGCGAAGCCGGCGGAGAAGCGACUGCUGUCGCUGUAGACACCCGCGACUAUACCUCCAUCCAGAACUUACUCGUCGAAACAAUCAAGAAGUAUGGACAUCUCGAUGUGUUGGUCUACAAUUCGGGCGCCAUCUGGUGGGCAAGCGUUGAGAACACGCCUAUGAAGCGCUUUCAGCUCAUGCAACGCGUGAAUGUGGAAGGCCUGUAUGGCACAGUCCAAGCUUCCCUCCCGCAUUUCAGAGCGAACGGGUGGAAGGGCCGCAUCAUCGUUGUCAGCCCCCCUAUUUACUCGCGCUUCUUCAGAGGCAAAACGGCGUACGCAAUGGGUAAAGUAGGCAUGAGUGUCCUCACCAAAGGCCUAGCUAUGGACUGGGAAAGAGAAGGCAAGGGGGAAAUGGCCAUCACGAGUAUUUGGCCUGCAGCGGCAAUUCAGAGUGCCGCGACGAAAGAUGCAGAGAAAGAAAGCGCGCAUGAAUUGCGCAAGCCCACUAUAUACUCGGCCGCUAUCCUUGCGAUGCUGCAAGCACCUGCAACAGAAGUCAAUGGGUGUUUGGAACUCGAUGAAGAUUUCCUUCGGCAAAAAGGCAGAACGGACUUCGAAGAAUUCAACGUUGUUGCUGGGUCCAGGCCGCGGCGAAUUAUGCCGAAAUUGCUUCCCGACUUAACGGUCAAUGAGCAGGAUGACGAGGGCAAGAGAAUGGAUAGUACAAAGUUGCGUUCAAAAAUGUAG